AUGUCGGGCGGCUUUAUCCGCGAAGCCGUUCUCUCGCACUGCCAGCCGCACGUGCCGGAAUUGUCGUCUUCUGAUGGCGCUGCCGCCCCGCUCCCGGCCGUCCCUUUUCUCCUCUCCUCCAACUCCGUCAUUCGCGGCAAAUGGCGCUACCAAGACCCUCCCGCCGCCGCCGCCGCAGCAGCAGCAGCAGCUGACGGAAACAACACUUCAUCGUCGCCGGCUGGAGCAGACGGCUCGGCGGCAGGAUCAGCCGGCCAGCCGGCAGUCCGGCACAAGGUCCUGACGACGGACUCGGGCGCGUUCGAUUUCUGGACGGAGCACGUCGUGCCGACGGAAAACGGCACGUUGGACGUGGGCGCGCUCGUUUAUGUCACGUCGCAGACGGAAUGGGCGGAGAGCUACAUGGGGACGGUGGUGGUGCGCGCGGAGGGGUAUUUUUCGAUGCGCGCGGGGGUGCUGUGCAUGGUGGGGUGCCAGAGCCGGUUGGGGGGAGGCGCGGGGGGAGGGGAAGGGGAGGAGUCCGCGGAGGCGGAAGAUCCGUACGCGGAUCCGCGGAGGUGCAACAUGCUGCUUGUGCUGAAAUUUAAGGCGAAGAACGAGGCGGAGUGGAGGAAGAACGCCCAGGAGCAGGCAGUGGAGCGCCUGGAGCGAAUAGCCGUGGCCAAGUUCGGGGUGAACGGGGAGGGCAAGAGCAACGCCGCUGCUGCUGCCGCUGCUGCUGCUGCUGCUGCUGGUGCUGGUGGCAGCAGUGUGGGGGAAGAAGGGCAGGGAGAAGCAGGAGCAGCGGCAGCAGCGGCGGCAGGAGUAGGGGUGAUCGACCCGCACACUCUGAAGGAACGCACGGAUAUCACGAAGGCAGACCUGCUGGACGAGUUGGGAUCCGAGGUGGAUGAUACUUCCAUUGUCGCCGACGUGCUUGUAAUGGAGGGCACUGUAACGAGUACAAUCCCGGUGGAGCAGGCAGGGGAGGGGAGCGAGUUCUUUGGGCCGCUCGCAGUGGCGGGGGAGACGGAAUCACUCACACAGCAAGCGGAGCUCUUCGAUUGGGACAUGGUGGUCUCGGCCGUGCUCUCUGCCUUCCAAGCGCUGGCAGUGUUUUCUCAGGUGGGUCAGCAGUGCGUCAGAAGGCAGUCAAUGGGGGGGCAGUACCAGUUAACGGGGGAGACGGAGUUACUGUCUCAGCAGGCGGAGCCGCUCGAUUGGGACAUGGUGGUCUCUGCCAUGCUCUCUGCCUUCCAAGCGCUCGCAGUGGUUUCUCAGGUCUUACAUGUCCGUUCACACCCCCACGCGCACUUCACCUCCCUCACCAUGAUUGCCACUCAGAUUAUCGUCUUCGCCUCCUUCUGGCUGCGAGACCUCUACUACCCGCUCUCUUUCCUCUCCUCAGACGUCCUCUCCUACCUCCUCACGCAGCUCGCCACCCUCCCCCACGCCAUCGAGUUCCUCACCCUCCUCCUAUACGUCCUCCUCUUUGUCUCUGUCGAAAGGAAGCGGAAACGGGCUGCAGCAGCGUACGCAGCAGCAGCCAGCGGCCUCCCUGUCAGUCCCUCCUCCUCCGCUGCUAUUUACGCCUCCCGGCCGGCCUUCUCGCCCUCCUCCCCCUCCUCUGUCUCCUCCCGCUCCCCUUCCUCCUCCUCCUCCGCCUCCUCAUUUUCCAUCUCCUCCGCUUCGUCUCAUCCCGGAAGAAACGCUGCUAAAAGCACUCCACCCAGAAUCACUGCUCCUCCGGGAGAAACCUUCGGAACCCACACCACCACCCAGCACCACGCACAACCCCACCAGCAGCAGCCGAUGCAGUUGCUACCUCCCCCGAGUGACGCCUACGUGGCGCUGACGAUCAUGGGCAUGGUGGGGGUGGGCGGCGGUAUUCUCUACGUGUGGGACGCUACAGACGUGCUGCUACAGCUCGCCCACUUCCUCUUCCUGCUGCCGCAAUCCAUCGCAUUCGCCAUCUGGCAACCCCCACUCGCUGCCUGCCGCGGAGUCUCCCUCAAGUUUGCUGUCGGCAACUGGGCCGCUCAGUCCAUCUGGCUUGUCUUUGACUGCUGGCGGCCCCGCCUCCUCGGAUACGACGCACUCUUCCCCUUCCCCCACGCCUACUUCUGGCCCUUCUUCAUCAUCAUGACGUGGCACCUAGCUGUCUUCCUCACACAGUGGAAGUUCGGACCUCUGUGUGUGACAAACACCUCGUUACACGGUUACGCGGCUGUCCCGUCGUCCAACGCGGAGGAAGAUGGGGUGGUAAAUGGAGUGGUGUAG